UUUCUAGCAUAUUGUCUCUGUCCGGCUCCCCCUCUCCUCACAGUUGUGAUUUGUAGAGGAAGGAUGUGUGAGGCAAUCCCACCUCUCCCCACAUCUCCAACUUGCCUAUGUGUCUAUGAGGUUUCGCUGAUCCUCAGAGCACGCUGACACCACUGUCCUGGUAUGGGUUGCUGCAGUGUGACAGCGAGGGGUACCAAGGAGAAUGGCGGCGAUGGGCAUGAGGAAGUUGAGUUGCUUCAAAGAGACGAAAGCAGGAAACCAUCAGCAGUUUGCACACCUUGUACUCCAUCUCCAAAUGGGGGUCCUUGCUGCCUUCCUCAGGAGCUGGCUAUCCUAACCCCUGGCAAGGCCGGUAUUCACACCGUGCACACACAGUUUGUGUCUAAGCCUAUUCUGUUUUGGGGGAGAACCCGUGAAGAACUAAAUAACAUGAUAUUAAUAGAGCCGAUCCAAGGUUGGGAAGGGCAAAGCAUCAGAUCUUAUGGAAACGUGGUCAUGUCAUCAUUGGCUGUCAUGCAGAUCAGUCACACUGAGGAGAUGUCAGAAUGCUUCAUGGUUCUGUUUCCUCUGCACGUGUUAAUUCUUUCCAUGGAUCACCAGGAGAGGAGAUUUAUUUAUCAGGGUUUUCUUCCUCUAUCGGGAAUGAGUGUGGUCUGUGAACAGUCUAACACUGGGUAUACUUUUGAAAUAAGUGGUCCAAUGAUAGAGCCACGCCAAGUGUCCUGUCUGAGCUCCAGCGAGAGGAGUCUUUGGAUUUCAGCUUUACGUAAGCACAUCCAAGAAGCAAAUGCCCACUACUCUCCAGUCUCUCCACCCAUCAGCAUUUUAUCAUAUCUGAUUCCUUGUGAUCAGUUUUGGAAGAAAAGAGAACUCAUUAAGUAUCUGACGUCAUGUCCCAUCCAGAAAUGGGAAGGGAAAGCCAUCCAGCACAUGGGCCACGUCGUCUACUUAUCAGAAGUGCAAGCAGCUCAUACAAUAGAUGGGGACUUUGAAGACCGCAUUAUGCUGUUAUUCACUGAAGACUUAGUAUUCCUCUCUGUUGAUCCCCACAAAACAUCAAUAAUACAUCAGGGUACUCUGCCAUUAAAUGCUAUUCACAUUGAGGAAAGCCUAAAUUGGAAUGGGCACCUGGAGUUCCAGAUUACAGGUGACCUUAUGGAACCCAUAUUAAUUGUAUGCAUGACACCUGAAGACUACACCAAAUGGGUUUUCCAUUUACAAAAGCCUCAUCAUAUCCAUUGUGGUGUUACUCUGCACCCACUUCCUUUUGAGCCACCUAAAUAUGGAAGAUAGGAAAAUGUUAAAGUUUUGAAAAGUACCAAGCAGCAGAUGAGGAUGUCUGUGCUAAAUGUCAGCAUGUGGUAAUACUAUAGGAUGAGGAACCUAUAAAUUCAUCAUGCCCAUGAGUCAUCUGGACACUGGAUGUUUUGGUGGAACUUGUCUAUUAUGUCAUUGAUCAAGAACGAAAUUCAAGUAAUAGAACAAUCCAAAAAAAGGCAAAUGUGAUAGAAGACUAUGAGUGGGAAGA